AUGAAAGUCUCGCCCCUUCGCACUGAAUUCUUCGCGCAAUCGUCAAUCGAUAAAGAUAACAUGGCAGACGUGCCCCGCGAGUCGUGCGGCUGGCUGCUUUCAUCUCCAUUCACAGCAAUAGUUUCGAGGAUGCAUCUCAGCAGCCCACUGCGCUCCCAGCCGCUCUCAGCGUACGAUGAAAUGGCACAAUACUAUGUCGAUUCUCGGUCAGACGGUUUUCAAGCCUCAUCAGAAGACUUUCCAGACCAUUGCUCCUUGUCGUUGUACAGUUCAGGGGAGUCCGACAGCUGGGUGAUGGAAGAUAUGUUCGAAUCAUCACAGUUCAAUCCAUCCUACAACAGAAAUCACUCCAGCUUUGGCAGCUCACUGUCACAACUAGAAGACGAAGAGCAGAUCUGGCGCAUGUGGGACGCGAACGAAGACAGUGUUUCCUCAGAGCCCUUGCUCUGCGUUUCCGAACCUGUCAAAGUCCGAGACCAGGAACAGCACGGCACGACUCGAAAGUUGCCUUCGCAGAUCCAGUCUGAUAUCCUUCAGUCUCGCAAGGUACAUCAGCUCCAGCGGUCUUCAGCUACUCGCUCGCCUCGUCGCACAACCCGUGCCCGAGUCGACCCAACGUCUCCUGUCGCCAAGACCACAUAUAGUGCCUUUCCACCUGAGACUCAAUCAGUCCCUAAGGUUCAACGAGGUUAUCAUGGGAAAUGUGCCUCUUUUCCGGCACCGACCGAGCCACGAAUGAGGCCUCAGCGCUCCCGAGCCAACACCACACCGGCUCCAUGUCCACCAUCUCUUCACCAAGAUAUUUUCACAUCAGAUCUCAACAGCUCGGCGACUUCAAGUCACAAAUCGCAAGAUUCAUCAACCUAUCUUGAAAUGCCGCUCUUCAUGCAUUCUGCUCCAGUGUCGCCUCAAUACCCACCACCACCAGAGCGAGAUCUCAUGGACUUGAUGGUCGAGACAUCCCGUUUCUCUGAUGACGAAGACGACGAAGACGAAGACCAAGAAGACGGCCCAGGCUUCGUUGUUGCAAUGAAGUCUGUUUUGAAUCUGAGAAGGAGCAACAGUAGCACCGACAUCGAGAAACUGGCCGUCGAGAAAGCGAGGGUGAAGCCCUCACGGAGGAAUCUGAGCGACACACUGAACUCUUGGUUCAAGAAGAAGAACCGAGCUACUUUGUGA